UGCGCACGGGCGCCCGCCCCGACGAGCUGCCCGUCCGGCGGGAAGAGGCGGGAGCCGCGGGGCGAGCGGCGCGGGCUCCUCCCCCGGCUAUCUGGGUCGGGACGCGGCGGCCGCGGCGCGGGACGUCGGCACCCGCGGGCUCCGGGGCCACUGUCCGCCCGCCGCUUCACUCCCGACUGCCCCGCCGGCAGGCCCCCGGUGUCCGACAGCAGAGAGGCCGGCACGGAGGGAACUGCUGCGUGCGCAGAAACAAAAACCAAGAAAUGCCUCAUUCCACAAACAAAGAAAUGAUACUUGGCAUCGUGGUAGGAACUACUGGAAUCAGCUUGCUGCUUUUGUGGUACCACAAGGUUCGUAAACCAAGGACAGCAAUGGAUUUACCUAAAUUUCUUUCUCUGGGUAAUUCACUUGAUUUGAUGCCUUUGCAAGAUGAAAUGCCUGAUGGCCAAGGAACAACAGCUAUCUUUCAAGGAAGGCAACUUCAGAUAUUGGAGAAGUUAAAUGAAUUACUGACAAAUAUGGAAGAACUCAAAGAGGAAAUCAGAGUUCUUAAAGAAGCCAUCCCAAAGCUGGAGGAAUACAUACAAGGCGAACUUGGAGGAAAGGUAACUGUUCACAAGAUAAGUCCUCAGCACAGAGCUAGAAAAAGAAGGCUUGCCACAGUUCAAAGUUCAGCUACAAGUAAUAGUUCAGAGGAAGCGGAAAGUGAAGGAGGCCGCUGCCAAGAGGACCAGAGCUUCCAACCAAAAUGUCCUGCAGUUCAAGUUACUUCAGACCUCCUGCACCGUGGAGCCUCUUCUAUUACUCAAUCAACAAAAUCUCUUGAUUUUAAAACAGCUCACCCUGCAAUGCGUAGAGGCAGUUCACCUAGAGGAAGUAAAAUUUCCUCUUCUUCAUCAAAUACAUCUUCUUACUCAGCUUUCUUUGGAAGAAGACAUUCUUUAUUUGCUAAAUUUCAGAAAAGCAGUGUUUUCCUUCAUUCUGGACAAAGUAGAGCUAACUUUGAUUCUGAAGAAAAAAGAAGCUUCAGUGAUUUAAAAUCACCCUCAGAACAUUUUCGUUUCAGAUCUGGAAGUCUUUUCUCUGCCCCGAAACUAAAUAUAAUUUCCUGUUAUGAGAGUACUAGUACUUUCUUUGAUCCUCAAUCAAGUAGUCAAUGCAUAUUUAAUCCAAAUGAAAUUGAAAUCAUUUCUAAAAUCUCAAGUAUUAAUCAUGCUAAAAAAUAUAUAAGCUCUUAUUCUCCUGAAUAUAACACUAAAUAUUUUAUGAAUUCUGAAACAGAAGCUAAUUCCUCAGCCUGUCGGAACACUGUUGCUAGCAUCUGUCAAAGCCCAACGACCAUGCUUACUCUUCCAGCUAUCAUUUCCUGUUCUUCUCAACAACAUGGAGUUGCCAGUGAUAUUCAAGAGAGAGACCAGUAUGUUACAGCUAAUACUGAUACUGAAGAACAGAGUUUUCCAGGCCCCAAGGCAUUUAACACUCACAUAGAGGAAUUAAAUUUAAAUGCUCUUAUUCAGAGGGCUGAUAAUUUACGUAUGAAUGAGUCCAGCAAAAUGGAGAGUUUUGAGCUACUUUGUGACCACAAAGAAAAGUUUAGAGAUGAAAUAGAGUUUAUUUGGCGGUUUGCUCGUGCUUACGGAGACAUGUAUGAGCUGUCUACAAAUGCACAGGAAAAGAAGCAUUACGCUAAUAUUGGAAAGACAUUAGGUGAAAAAGCUAUUACUAGAGCACCCAUGAAUGGACAUUGUCAUCUGUGGUAUGCGGUUUUGUGUGGCUAUGUAUCUGAGUUUGAGGGCUUACAAAACAAAAUCAACUAUGGAUAUCGCUUCAAGGAGCAUCUAGAUAAAGCAAUCGAAUUUUUACCCGAAGAACCCUUUUUGUAUUAUCUCAAGGGAAGAUACUGUUACACUGUCUCAAAACUGAGCUGGAUUGAAAAAAAAAUGGCUGCUACUCUGUUUGGAAAAAUACCAUCCUCAACUGUAGAAGAAGCUUUGCAAAAUUUCCUUAAGGUCGAAGAACUACACCCUGGGUUUUCUAUGUCCAAUUACAUGUUCUUGGCCAAGUGUUAUAUUGAUCUUGAACAAACAGAUAAUGCUGUGAAGUUCUGUAAUUUGGCAGUGUUGCUUCCUUGUGUUACCAAAGAGGAUAAAGAUGCACAGAAAGAGGUGAAAAAAAUAAGCACUUCCUUGAAGACGUAAAUAAAAGAACUUGCUCUUCAAC